UACGGCGUGGGUGCGCCCGCUGCUAGCACGCGGCUCCUGUUGCCAUGGAGCCGGGCGGGCCCUGUGGUUUCUGCCCGGCCGGGGAGGCCCAGCCGGCGCGCUACACCUGCCCGCGCUGCAAUGCGCCCUACUGCUCGCUGCGCUGCUACCGCGCGCAUGGCGCCUGUGCCGAGGGCUUCUACCGCGACCAGGUGCUGGGAGAGCUCCGCGGCCGCAGCGCCUCGCCCAGCCGCCUGGCAGGCGCCCUUCGCCGGCUGCGCGAGCAACGCGAGGCGGAGGACGAGCCCGGAGCCGCGGGCCCCCGCCCCGGCCUGGCGCCCGGAGGCCUCUCGGGACUCUGGGAACGGCUGGCGCCCGCCGAGCAGGCCGCCUUCGAGCGGCUGCUGAGCCGCGGCGAGGCCGGACGCCUGCUUCCUCCCUGGCGGCCGUGGUGGUGGAGCCGCGGGGCCGGGCCGCGGCUUCUGGAAGAGCUGGAGCCGGCGACCGCGGCGCCCGAGGCCGGGAGGGAUGCCGCCGCCGCCGCCGCGGAGCCGAUUCCGGGGUCCGUCCCGGGGCCCCCCCCGCCCGCCGUGCCCGCCCGCAUCCCCGCGCUGGCCAGCCUGAGCCGCGGCCCGGUCUCGCCGCUCGUGCGCUUCCAGCUGCCCAACGUGCUGUUCGCGUACGCGCACGCGCUCGCCCUCUAUCAUGGCGGAGACGACGCGCUGCUGCUCUCGGACCUCUGUGCCACGCUGCUGGAUGUUUCUGGAGCCCUGGGCGCCCAACAAGUCUUCGCCUCUACGGAGGAAGCCCUGCAAGCCGCAGCCCACGUCCUAGAAGCGGGCGAGCACCCACCCGGGCCCCUGGGUACGCGGGGUGCCAUGCAGGAGGCUGCCCGCAUCCUGCUGGGUGAGGGACCUGCCAACCAGAAAGGCUACACGUUGGCAGCCCUUGGGCACGUAGUGCAGACCCUGGGCCGGGCCCGGAAACUAGCUGUGGCCCGCGAAGAUCGAGAGCGCCUCUACCGGGCCAGGAAGAAGUGCCAAUUCCUGUUGGCCUGGACCAACGAAAACGAGGCCGCCCUCACACCCCUGGCUCUGGACUGCACCGGUGCCUACCGGGCCCACGCCGUGGCAGCUGAAGAGGUGGCUGCCCUCACUGGGGAGCUGGAGCGGCUUUGGGGAGGCCCCGUGCCACCCGCCCCCAAGACUCUGAUUGAGGAGCUCCCUGGCUGAAUUGAGAACCGACCCUAAUCAUUAAUAAAGCUGUGACUGGGCUGCCCAAA